AUGGAGGAAGCAUUGUGUCCUAAGAUUGGCAUGGAGUUUCAGUCAGAAGAUGAGGCAUACAACUUCUACAAUAGGUACGGAUUAGUUCUUGGAUUCAGUGUUCGGGGAGACUACUUGAACAAGGAUAAAGACGGUGUAGUUACAUCGAGAAGAAAAGUAAGUAUUUCUCAAGGAGCCCAAGCUGAGAUUGCAAAUGAUGCAGGAAUAUCCUUGAAACAAUCCCAUGAACUCAUGGGAAAAGAGACAGAGCAGCUUGAUUGUGAAGAACAAAUUACAAAUAUAUUUUGGGCUGAUGCAUCAAUGCUGAUGGAUUAUAUCUAUUUUGGGGAUGUGGUUACAUUUGACACCACAUAUAAAACUAACAAGGAGUACAAACCAUUGGGCGUAUUUGUGGGAUUCAAUCAAUUUAGACAAUUGAUUAUUUUUAAAGCAACUCUAUUGUAUGAUGAGACCAUUGAAUCAUUCAAGUGGGUGUUCAGUACAUUUGUAGAGGCAGUUUGUGAAAAGCACCCAAAAACCAUUUUCACAGAUCAGGAUGCAGCCUUGACCGCUACAAUUUCAGCUGUUAUGCCUUCAACAUACCAUGGUCUGUGCACUUUUCAUAUUAGAGUCAAUUUCAUGAAACACAUUGGGAACUAUUACAAGGAUGGUAGUAAUCUCCCAAAUAGAUUUGCUGAAUGUAUGUAUGAGAUAGAAGAUGAAAAUGAGUUUAUCAUGGCCUGGGAUGCAAUGCUAAAAGAACACAAGCUCGAAACAAAUGAAUGGUUGCGUGGUAUUUAUGCAUAUCGAAAGAAAUGGGCAAAAUGCUUCAUGAAAGGCGCCUGGACUGCACGUAUGCGUAGCACCCAACUAAGUGAGAGUCUAAAUGCUUCCAUAAAAAAAUAUCUGAAACUUGAUCAUGAUCUGGUUCAAUUCUUCAAACUUUUUAAUCGAGUUGUUGAUGAAAAAAGAUAUAAUGAACUAAGAAUUGAGUAUCACAGUCGACAGAAGCUGCCAAUGUUGGGAUUGCAACAGAAUCCCGUACUGAUCCAGGCAGCUUCUAUAUACUCUCCAUCCAUGUUUGUUGCAUUCCAGAAUGAAUACGAUGAAUCCACUACAAUGGUGAUCUUGGAUCAAAAGCAUACUACAAUGCAUGUGGAAUACAGUGUCAGUAAGUAUGAUGGAGGAAGGGAGAGAAGAGUGACAUUGAAUCCAAUAACUAAAGACAUUACUUGUAGUUGUAAUCUUUUUGAGCAGGAAGGAAUCCUAUGCUCACAUGCUUUAAAGAUGUAUGAUAUGGUUGGAACAAAGUUUAUUCCUGCUUAA